UCUGAAAUUUUAAAAAUCGGCAAAAAUGUUCUUGCUCCUUACUCUAUUCUCAUGUGCUCUUGGCUUGAACCCCAUGAAAAUUGCAAUUAUCAGUGGUUAUGGUAGCUUAUCGCCGGAUAUGCAGUUUGAACUUCAAAAUUCGCUAAAAUGGUUUCAAAGUGCAUUUUUGGUAGAAAAAUCGCAGAACCCUGUCGAAAUUCAAGACAUUUAUGCGAAAAUCCCGGAAUACCAAAAAUUCACGUCGGUUUUAGUUCAGACCCCAACUCAUCGUGUGAACAUGAAGCUUCAUUCCGAAAAUAUGAAGAAUUUAUUGAACUUGGCGGAUUUUCUAGUGUUCAUCGUUCAGCAAAACCCGGAAAAAUGCUCCAGAGACCCGGAUUUAUUGGCAGAAGCUUUGCCGAUAGUUUUGGUGGCUGAUAAUAGACCACCCCUAGCAGUUAUGUCAAUUUGCCUGCAAAACAGCCCACGGCCUCGAAAUUCCGGCUUCUUCUUCGACCUUUUCCGCCACGAAAUUCUCCAUGGCCUAGGCUACGGCCUAAUUAUCGAUAAGUCCAAGCUGACUGAGAAAAAAUCCGAAAAAUAUAUUUGGCAUGGUGCCAACAAUCAGAAAAUCCCAAGUAUUCGGCAUUUUUUGGAUUUUGAUGAGCUUUCGUUGAAAGCUGCAAAAAUUCAUUUUAACUGUCAGAAUAUGGCUGGAGUCCAGGCGGAUGGGGAGCUGAAAAAUCACCUGAAUGAGUACAUUUUUGGGAACGAGCUUAUGACUACACAUUUGGAGCCACAUGGAAAUGUGUUCAGUUGGAUUUCUGUCGGAAUUAUUGAGAGGACAUUUAAUGGUGAAAAGCAAUGGUACCACAUCAACGGUACUUUCAUCUCCACUGAAGCCAAUCAAUAUUCUUACGGAAAAAAAUUCGGCUGUGAAUUCCUCGAAAACUCCUGCGAAGACUUUCUGAAAAUCGCUGAAAAACACAAGAUCGGCUUGAAAUUGGCCCCUUUCUGUCGGAAAUCUCUAUGCUACAAACUGCCCGGAAAUGCACAAAUUUUCAAAUUCACUGAUAAAAACUGCGAAAAUCGACGAGUCAUCGGUGAUAAUCAGAAAUGGUGUCCCAUGGCGAAGAACCUCCCGUUAAACUAUGAAAUUUCGCCGUGUUUGCCUGUUGGAUAACUUUUUUUUCCUAAUAAAUAUUAUACAAUGGAUUUCGUUCAUUUAUAUUAAACUGAAAAUAAAAAUUUAUUCUC